GAGGAGAGGAAGGAUGGUCAUUCGGGUGUUCAUCGCCUCUUCCUCGGGCUCCGUGGCGAUUAAGAAGAGACAGCAAGAUAUCGUACGAUUUCUGGAAGCCAACAAGAUUGAGUUUCAAGAGGUGGAUAUCACCAUGUCAGAAGAGCAGAGGCGCUGGAUGUAUAAGCAUAUUCCUCAAGACAAGCAGCCUGCAGAAGGCAACCCAUUGCCACCCCAGAUUUUUAGUGAUGAUCAAUACUGUGGAGAUUAUGACUCGUUUUUUGAAGCCAAGGAAAGCAACACUGUCUUUACGUUUCUUGGGAUGAAGCCUAGUUUGGCAUCAAAGGAGUCAGAGCCCUAGAAAAGUCCGAGGAUUCAACAAGCACAUUGUUUGGGUGAAUGAAGUCCUUGAUGUUCAGCAUACAACAGCUUCCCUAGUGGAUCACUGUGAUACAAGCCAAUAUGCACCAUCCAUAUUUUGCUUGACACUAAAAAGAUGAAUUGAGAAAGUGGGCACGCG